AUGCAGAUGAUAAAGGACGAUGCAUUGGAGGAGCAGUAUGGGUUUAAGCCAUACUACUGCGAUGCACGCAGAGAUGGGUGGCUGUUGAAUUAUGAUGUUGUUUGUGGAGAUGAUGGAAGGAUGGGUGCAAGGUUGUAUUUGAUUGAUGAUCAAGGUGUUGAAUUCCUUGCGGAGAUGAGAUAUUUUCCAUCGUUUCUAGUGAAGGCGGUUGACUAUGAGGCAGUAGAGGAUUAUUUGAGAAGGAAGUAUGGCGGAGAUGUGCAUAUGGCCCGAGUAGUGGGAAGGAUUGAUUUUAAGGAGUAUAACCACUUGAAUAAAGCUCCUACUGAAUACCUAGAAGUGCAGGUACGAACUGAGACUGGGUUUAAUACUAUGGUAAGGGAGUUGAAGAGGAUUGCAGCCAGAAACAAAGUUAGGAGCAAUGGAAGUGAAGGAUUUGAUUUUGAUGUAAAACGAGUGAUGAGUGCUGAGGAGGGGAUUGUGUCUAUAUGUGAAUAUGACAUUCCUGCAGAGGUUCGUGUUGCAAAUGUGCUUGGAAUAAGAUGUGGGAAGUGGUAUGUAUUCUGGUAUGAUGGAGAAAAGUAUAUGAUUGAGAGGAGCGAAAGAAUUGUGUUUCCGGACCUACGGAUUCUUGCAUUUGAUAUUGAGACAUCCAAGAAGCCUCUGAAAUUUCCAAGUGCAGACUAUGAUGAGGUGAUGAUGAUAUCUGUAAAGACUGAAUCAAAGGGGUAUUUGAUUGUCAACAGGCAGCUGGUUUCUAAGGACAUUAAAAGGUUUGAAUACAGCCCGAAGGAUGACAUGCAGUGUGUGUUUGAAGCAGUAAAUGAGCAUAAUGAAGAAGGAGUGCUGGUAGCAUUUGCUGAGAUAGUGCAAAAGCAUAGACCACACUUGAUGUCCACAUUCAAUGGAUCUGGAUUUGACUUUCCAUUUGUUGAGAAGCGAAUGCAAAAGUAUGGGAUUUGCUUGAAGGAGACAAUGGGAUUUGAAUGCAAGGACGGAUAUUACACUUCACCUUUUAUUGUGCAUCUUGACUGUUACAAAUGGGUUAAAAGAGACUCGUACUUGCCAGCAGGAAGCCAAGGUCUUAAGGCUGUUACUAAAGCAAAGCUAGGAUACUUCCCUGAUGAGGUUGAUCCUGAGGAGAUGGUAGACCUUGCGAUUGCUGAUCCUGAUCGGAUGGCGUCGUACUCGGUUUCUGAUGCGGUUGCCACGUAUUUUCUGUAUGUUAAGUAUGUGCAGCCACAUGUUUUUUCGCUGUGUUCGCUUAUUCCACUCAGCCCAACAUCUGCAAUAUGCCAAGGAUCGGGGACUUUAUGCGAAGCAUUGCUUAUCUCUGAGGCUGUUGAGUAUGGAGUGAUUGUCCCGGAUAAAAGAGUUGAAAGCAAGUACCAAGAGUAUGAAGGAUACAUUGCGGAGAAUGUGACGUAUGUUGGUGGACAUGUUGAGUGUGUGAGAGCUGGACUGUUCAGGUCUGACUUUUCGUAUGACUUUGAUGUAAAUAAGAAAUUUAUUGAGGAUGUUGGAAGAAGCAUUGAUGAGAUGCUAGCAGAAUAUAAGGAUGAGGAGGACUUUGAGGUGAUGAAGAUGAAUGUGAUGAAGAAUCUUGAGGAAAACACAGGCAAGAUACGAAGAGAAGGAAGGAUAUACCAUCUUGAUGUUGGAGCGAUGUAUCCAAACAUAAUACUUACGAACAAGCUGCAGCCGGUGUCGAUUGUGAAUGACGAUGUUUGCAUAAGGUGUGAUUUUUCUGACGAGGCGAAUGGAUGCAGGAAGAAAAUGGAGUGGACAUUGAAAGCAGAAUACAUUCCAGUGAGGAAGGAUGAAGUAGAACGAAUCAGGAUACAAUGUAUUAAAGAUGGAAAGAAUGAUGAGGAGGAGCUUGUGCGCAGAGUGAAGGAGUAUAGUAAGAAAUCAUACAAGAGAUCUAAAGUUAAGGUAUGUGACACUAGAAGUUCUGUUGUAUGUCAACGAGAGAUACCUUUUUAUGUGGAAACAGUAAGGAAGUUUCGGGAUAGAAGAUAUACAUACAAGAAGCUGCAUUCUAAGGCAUUGAGAGAUGCGGAGGGAGCUAUGACAGAAGAGGAAAGAAGACAUGCGCUGAAGUCUGCAGUUGUGUAUUCAUCACUUCAAGUAGCGCAUAAGUGUGUGUUGAACUCGUUCUAUGGAUAUGUGAUGAGAAAAGGAUCGAGAUGGUAUAGCAUGGAGAUGGCUGCAAUAGUGUGUAAUGUUGGAGGUAAUGUGAUAAGAAAGGCUAAGGAGGUUGUUGAAAUGAUUGGAAUGUCUUUGGAGCUUGAUACUGAUGGGAUAUGGUGUGUAGUACCUAGCACGUUAAUGUCAACGUAUGUAUUCCGAUCAGGAAGAAAGAUGUCUUUGCUUUCGAGUGUUUUGAACUACUUUGUGUGCAAGGGAUUUACUAAUGAGAUGUAUCAGGAGUUGAGAGACGGGGAAUAUGUUAGAAGGAGUGAGAAUUCGAUUUUUUUUGAGAUUGAUGGACCUUACAGGGCGAUGCUGCUGCCUGCAUCUACAGAGGAAAGUAAAGUACUGAAGAAGCGGUAUGCAAUAAUCAACGAUGAUAACAGUGUGGCCGAGCUGAAAGGAUUUGAAGUGAAAAGACGAGGAGAGCUUGAGAUAGUGAAGAAGUUUCAAGAGGAGCUAUUUCUGCAUUUUUUAGAUGGAAGUACGCUUACAGAGUGUUAUGGAUCGCUUGCAGAAGUGUGUGGAUAUUGGCUUGACAUUCUGAAAAGCAGAGGAGAGUACCUUGAUGAUGAGACUAUUCUUGAACUACUAUCUGAGAGCAGAAGCAUGUCCAAGGAGUAUGAGGAGUAUGAAGGAAAGAAGUCAAAUAUUACCACGACUGCAUUGAGGAUGUCUGAGAUGCUGGGCAAGAAUGUUCUUGAAGAGAAGCUGAAGUGCGAGUAUGUUAUUGCAGUGUAUCCUGAGGGGAAGAGUGUAGCGGAGCGGACGAUUCCAGUGAUUGUUUUCCGCUCUUGUGAGAAGGAGAAGUAUCUAGGACGGUGGUUGGGAAGAAGAUAUGGAGGAAAUAUCCGUGCAAUAAUUGACUGGGGAUAUUAUAAACAGAGAUUGGAGAGUGUAAUUCUUAGAAUGGUUGUUCUUCCAGCCAUAUCACAGGGAAUCAAGAAUCCAUUGAGCGAUGUAAAUGUGCCUGAAUGGGCUGUGAAGAAGGGAGUACUCUUUGAUUUUGAUUUUGUGAAGGUACGGGACAUUGAGGAUAUUGGCAGUAAGAAGAGUGUUGUUGAGUGUAUGAAUGAUGUAGUUAAUGGAAAUGUAGUUAAGGAAAAUGAAGGAUAUAAACAAAUAGCUAAUGACGGAGAACGAUAUACAGAGAUAGUGACAGCGAAUAAUUCCAAAUGUGAAGGUGUUAUUGAGUAUUUUCAAAGGAUGAGAGCAGAAUGGAUGGAUGGUGUACGGAGCUUUCUACAUAAGGGCGAUAUUGUUAGAGUUAAUGCAACAAAUGAUGGCUUUCUAGAUGUUUUUUAUGCUAAUAAGCAUGAAGCAGAAAGAAAAGAGCUUGUGAGAUACAUAUAUAUAGAGAUAAAUGGUAAGCAGUUUUUUGAGGGAUCUGAGCGGGUUAAGAUAGUAAAGCGGUUUUUGAGUGAUGGAGAGCAGAUGGAUGUGGGGAUGCUGAUGCUAAAUGAGAAUGAGUUUAGAAAUAACUAUGCAUUGUACAAGAAGUUCCUGAGUCAUUUUUCAAUUAAGAGGGUUUUUGAAGAGGAAGUGCCUGUAUUGUAUGGAAACAUGAAGGAGUGCGAUGGAGGGAAGAUGAGAUAUACUUUACUGAGUGGAUUUAUGCAUGAUGGACGAGUGGUGUAUCUUAUUGGAAAGGAAGAAGAUAAUUUUAUGAUACUUAAUGGAGAUGAUGCACUGAAGAAGUAUUUGCUUGGAUGUGUUGGAAGAUGGCAGGUAUUUGUUAUUGGAUCUGAUGAUGUGUGCAAGGUUGGACUGAGAAAGAUGCUUGUGAAGCGACAUGUUGUGGAAAGAGUAUUUGGAUUUGGUCUGUGCAUUGGAGGAUAUGAGAGGAAGUGUGAGGAAAGAAAGAAGAAGCAUCUAGAGAUUGGAGUGGAGAUGGAUAUGAUAUUUGCAGCAAGCGAAUAUACAAAGGUGCCUGUUAUGAAUGUUGAUGAGGAGCUUUUGGAGCUACUUUUUUACAAGGAGUUGAAGAAUGAAGAAGUGAUAUGUGAUGGAUAUGGGACUGAGGAGAAUGUGAUGGAGAAUGCUUUGAAUGAAAAAUUCAAGGCUGGAUUGUAUAGAGAAUAUGUGGUUGAGAUGGAGUGUGUUGGAGCGAUGGUUCUUGCAAUACUUGAGCAUAAUGAGUAUCUUGGAGAGGAGGGCCUGUAUGAUGGAGUGAAGAGAAAGGAUUUUGUUGUGCUUCAGAGGCUCCUGAAGAAGAUUGUGUUAGACUGUGCACGAGGUGAUCAAGGAGCGAAGGUUAUUGUGCAGGGAAUUGAGAUAUGGAUCAGCAGGCGAUCGAAGAUAAUAAGUGGAGACCUUCGAGGAGUUUGUAAGCUGUUGAAGAGAAGAUAUGUGAUGAAUCUUGUGAAGAGAUUGUGUGACGAUGAGUAUGGGGUAGUUCUCGUGGCUGGACAGACGAUUUUUGUGAAUACUGGAAAGACGAGCCAGAAAUCUGCAAUUGAUUUUUUUGAGCAUAUGCGUAAUAAGGUGACGAGCAUUGAAGGAUAUGAAAUGAUGAAGAUAAAGAUAUGCAGAAUGUUUGAGAGACUAAUCCUUGUGAAUCCAAACAUGUAUUUUUUUGUCUCGGAAGGAGAAUAUGUUGGAUUCAGCGAAAGCAAUGUGCCCAAGAGCUUUUUGAAGAUGAUUUUUGGAGAUCAGGAGAUUGACAGUGAGAUGGUGUACAGGCUUGUGACAAGGGUGCCAGCUGAAAGCAGCAGAGUGAUGAUUGAGAUAUUGGCUCAUAUACAGGGUAUGCAGUGGAUGAUAACGAACUGUUGCAAGUUGUUGAGAAUAAGUGAGUUUGAAGAGAAGAUGCAAACUCGAGCAAGGAUUAUGGUGAUAUGCCCUGUAUGUGGAUUUGAAAGCACGAUGAAGUCCAGAUGUGUUCGGUGCUAUAGAGCAUACGCGCCUGAUGUUAUUUUAGAGGAGUGCAUGAGAUAUGCAAAGAAUCUGUUAAAACUAGAGCUGUGUGGAGAUUCAUAUUGUGCAAGGUGUGGAGCAGUGAAAGAGAGAAGGUUGAGCGAUGCAUGUAAAUGCGGAGGGAGUUUUAGGAAAGAAAAGAACAUAGAGAGACUUGAUGAGGUGCGCAAGAUAGCAAAUAGCAAAGUGAUUGAUGAGAUGUAUGAUGGAAUAGUGAAACAUUUUGCAAAGUGA